AAUUAUAAGAAAAUGACGUUAAGCUCUACACAGCAGGAUUGUGUUGCAGCUAAAGUGCUUCGAAGAGCGGAAAUUUCUCGUAUGACUCGACUAUUAAAAUCUCGGUUAACUCUUGCUACAUAUAAAACUAGUCGUGGUUGGCAGAAUCUUGCUCUUGAAAAUAUUACACCUCGUCUUACAGAGGAGUUUAAAUUGAAUAAAGAUCGUCGUUCUAACCCUUUUAUUAUGCCUACAACACAAUCAGAAUAUUUUGUAUUGGGAAAGGGUUCGCACCCAGUGGAAAAUACUCCAGUCUGGUCGGAUAGGAUUCGUUUACAUCAGUCAUCGCCGGUUCAUAAAAAUAAUUCGGUAGAUACAUUUUUGCCAUCUAAUUAUUUAAACGCAUAUCAUUUGAUACGACCGACACAAUCGAGUCCACCCCGAACACCGCCUUACAGACCUUCUAUGCGUACGAUGACGCCUCAUACGGGAGAAGAAGGUGUUGAUUUAUUGAUUUAUUUGGCUACAUCACCGUCUCAUGCAUCUAUAUCUACUCGAUUCCCGCCAAAUACGCCUCAGAAUUUUGAUUUUUCUGAUUUUGUUAAUAUUACACCAUCACCGGCACAAGUGGCAUGGUCUUCUCGAACACCAGGAAGUACACCUGCACGAAAAAGAUUAACUUAUGAUCAAUCAUUGCCUUUAUCUUCUUCUCCUGCGACACCGGGUUCUACUUUAAGAGUGGAUACAGGUUCGAUGGAGCUUGGUGGAGAGUUGUCUAUUUAA